AUGACCCCAUCACCGUUUCACAUGCUGCAGUUCAGCCUCUUCAAUCGCUCCACCCUCAGUCUCGAUCCAGAUGGCCCGAUUCCUUUUACGUACCGCAUCCUUACAUCAAAAGGGCUCACAUCGGACGAUAUUGACUUGGCACAACUCCAAGGCAAAUCCAUUCUCAUCACCGGCGCAAGUGGUGGAAUUGGUUUAGAAUGCGCCAGGAUCCUCGCCCGAGUAGGUUGCCGCUUGAUUCUCACAGCGAGAAAUGCACCCCGAGCACAAGAGAUGCUGGAUAAAAUCCAAGAAGCAGGAAUGCAGUCAGACGGAAAGACCACGCUUGAGUCGAUGAUCGUUGAUUGCGAAUCGUUUGAAUCACUGCGCAUGUUCAGUGCUGAAAUAGGGAAACGGUCACACUUGGACAUGGCGAUAUUGAAUGCUGGGGUAUAUCGAACUGAAUAUAACAGUCUGGAGAAUGGAUGGGAGGAGUCUAUCCAGGUCAACUUCCUCAGCAGCUAUGUUCUCUCCCUUCUGUUACUUCCUCUGCUAUCACGGGCUCCACAGCCAGGACGUCUCUUGCUCGUGUCAUCAGAAGCUCAUGCCUGGGCAAACCCCAAGGAAAGCAACCUUCCUGAUCUACUAGAAAACCUCAAUACACCAGAGAAAUACAUGUGCCAGGAGCGAUACUACAUCACAAAGCUACUAGUCGUGCUCUGGGCCCAGGAACUAGCCCAGCGAGUCGACUCAGACAAAGUGCUGGUAUCCAGCGUCUCUCCCGGAUGGUGUCAAACGACACUUUUUCGAGAUUUCAACCAGCAGGGAAUUGCAUACUGGUUUGAAGGACUGUUUAGUCGAACGCCAGUGGAUGGAGCUUAUGAGUAUUGCAAUGCGUUGGUGAAAAUGGAGGCUGCCAAUGCUGGGCGUUUCUUUGCGUAUGGCAGGAUUUAUCCACCAUCACGAGCAACUCAAUCGGAGAUUGCCAGGGACAUCCGUUCGACCAUGUAUGACGAUAUGCUGGAUAUUCUGCCCGAGAGCAUCGUGUCAAUGCUCCCUACUUUAUGA